AUGAACCACCUACAAUUUCCUGAAGGUUUUCUCGAGCGAGUCAUCAGAUUGCGUAGAGAACUAAACGAAAUUUUCAGAGAGGCACAACUCAUGAUAGAUGGCACUGGAGCAUAUUUGAUGGUGGAAGGAUGCGAGAUAAACCUGGUGGAAGGGUGCAAAAUAAACCUGGUAGAACCCUCGAAUAACGAAGGAGCACCACAAGAGAAUAAUGUACUGCCCCCAUAUACCUUGGAUGUGAUAGCCGCACUGGCAGAAAUGCAUGACCUGACAGGAGCUAUGCUUGAUCAUAACGUAGCAGGGCUACUUUCGGUGGCCAUGGAUCUAGCUAAGACUCAGAAAUUAUAUUCAUGCCUUCCAGGAAAACCGGACGGCUGCAUCAAUAAAACAGGAGUUACAAGGGCACUCUCACCAAAAUGGGGCGCGAACCUACCAGAUAGUGCAGAGGAUAAGAAUACUCACCCAAGAAGUCAGGAUGUUACAACCAAAGAACCUCCAGCUGGUGAGGAACGAUCU